UGCGCUUGUUUUAUACCUGUCAGCCGCGAUCGCGGCCUCACCGUCACCAUGUCGCAAGACACAGGAUUGUUCAGCAUCAGACGCCCCCGAGAGUCGAUGGCGCAGACUUUGGGGAGCGUCCAGAAUUACUCGGCUCUUCCUCAACCCUCCUCGGCCCUGAAACGCACCAGUUCGAUCGGCUACCAGAAUCCACCCUUCACGUCCCAGCACACGCGCAUGUCGCUUCUUAACUCCGCCAGUCGCCCUCAGCAGCCCAACUUCAAGCGCUCUUCAUCUGGUGGAGGCUUGGGCCCCGACGCUGGCUUAUCUUCGGUCAGGCGCUCUGCGUCGAGUAAUGCUUUUCAUGGGCCUAGUGUCGGGCGCCCGAGCUUUGCCCCAGGGUCGAUGUCAUCAAACACAGCGGCGCAGGGGCUGCAACGGCGGAGCAGCGUCUUUUCCAGACCGUCUGUGGGCGGCGCCAUGGGUCACCAAUCGUUCUUCACCCAGGUCCCCACGGUAGCCGGUGUCCCCAGGGACCCGCGACCUCUCCGGGACAGAUCCUUCCAGGCGCGCAUUGGACAAGAGCUCUUGGAAUACAUGACACACAACAACUUUGAAUUAGAAAUGAAGCAUUCGUUGGGCCAGAACACGCUGAGGUCUCCGACGCAGAAAGACUUCAACUACAUUUUCCAGUGGCUGUACCAUCGCAUUGACCCGGGCUACCGGUUCCAGAAGGCAAUGGACGCAGAAGUGCCACCGAUCCUCAAGCAACUGCGCUACCCAUACGAGAAAGGAAUCACCAAGUCACAGAUUUCCGCGGUUGGAGGCCAAAACUGGCCCACCUUCCUCGGCAUGCUACAUUGGCUGAUGCAACUGGCGCAGAUGAUGGACAGGUACAUCCUUGGUGAAUACGACGAAGCCUGUGCGGAGAUGGGAGUGGACGUGUCGGGCGAUCGCAUUAUCUUCCGCUUUCUCACGAGUGCCUACCACGACUGGCUACAAGGUGGUGAGGAAGAAGACGAUGACAUGGCCGAGAAACGACUAGAACCUCACAUUGCCCUCAUGGCUCAGGAUUUUGAAAAGGGCAACGAAAAGUACGUGCAGGAAAUGGAGGCUCUGGAAGCGGAGAACCGAACACUACGUGAUCAGAUUGAAGAGAUGGAGAAGAACGCUCCCGAUAUGGCCAAGCUGGACAAGCACUUCCGAAUCUUGGAGGACGACAAGAGGAAAUUUGAGGACUACAACCAAAAUGUCCAGGGAAAGAUCGAAAAGUACGAGCAUCGUAUCAAGUUCUUGGAUGAUGAGCUCAAGAAGACGGAAGCAGACCUGCAGUCCGCCGAAGAAGAGCGAUCCGGGCUUCAGGCGAGUGUCGACCAGCAAGGCCUGACCAUUCAGGAUAUCGAUCGCAUGAAUACCGAACGCGAACGCUUGCAGAAGAGUCUUGAGGAUACAAUUAACCGGUUGGAAGAGACGCACGCACGGGUUAUGGCUAAAGAAGCCGAAGCCAGCCAAAAGCUCGAGGAUCUAGAGGAGAUCGUCAAGGCCUACAACACACUCGGUUAUCAAAACAGCCUGAUUCCUUCAUCGGCUGUUAAUGCUAAGGGUGACGAGUAUGAACUUAGCCUGAACGUCAAUGAAAGCAAUUUCUCGGCGUCGCAAAUCGGAGGUCUACCAAAUCGGGUUUCUCCGGAGGGAGACCGACUGCUGGCAGAGCCGUUCACGGGCUACCACCCGGCGCAUUUGCUGAACCUGGACCUUCGGGGCGUCGUGCGCAGCAACCUCCAGGCUCUUCGGAAGGACAUCAACGAACGCCGGAAACAAGCCAUUGACGACGACCUGGAUCGGCGCAAUUUGCUGGACAACAUCAAAGAGGCAAUGGAUGAAAAGCGAAGCGAGGUUGAAGCUCUGGAGCAUAAGCGACGCGCCGCAGAAGAGGAAUUCGAACGCCUCAAAGAGAUCACGACCACCCAGAAGCUUGCUUCGGAUGCACAGAUCGAGAAGAUGGAGAAGGAGCUGGCUAAGAUGCGGGCCACGUUGAGUGAGAGCGUUCAGUUGAUGGAGCAACGCGAGAUGAACACGAAUAUUGAAUACGAACAGCUGGGGGUCCGGGCCAAUGCGCUGCGAGAGGAGCUCCAUAGCAACGUGGAAAGCAUGCUGAACGAUGUGAUCCGCUUCAAAGUCCACGUUCAGAAGGGUCUCGAGGACUACGAGAGCUUCGUUGUCGAUGAGGUCGAACAGGAGCUGGGGGGUGACAUGCAGUUUGCGGAUGAGGAUGUUGAAAUGACCGCUGAGGAGCUUUGA